UCAAGCGGGCGGAGCCUCGGACGAGGGAGGAGCCGAGCGCGCCGGGGCGACGCCGCGGGAGGUUCUAGAAACGCCGGCUGCCGCGCGUGUCCAGUUGCGGAGACCCGUGGUGAUUUGGUGACCGAUUCAACAAACAGCUUUCCGUGUGCCCGGAGACUGCAAGGACAGAGCCGACAGAGGGAAGACUCAGAAAGUUCAAGUCCAGAGCAGCAGCAAGGGGAUUUGACCAUGACCAACUCCUGUGUUGCUCUUCAUGGAUUUCUGAGGGCUCCUGGGAAGGCUUUUGGAAGCACUGGCCCUGGGCAGACACAUGGAUUCCCACUUUCUCUGUCCUGGGUACUGCCCUUUCCGAUCAUGAAGCUCCAGGUAUUGGUGUUGCUGAUGUCCUGGUUUGGUGUCCCGAGCUGGGUGCAGGCAGAAUUCUUCACCUCUAUUGGGCACAUGACUGACCUGAUUUACGCAGAGAAGGACCUCGUGCAGUCUCUGAAGGAGUACAUCCUUGUGGAGGAAGCCAAGCUCUCCAAGAUUAAGAGCUGGGCCAGCAAGAUGGAAGCCCUGACCAGCAAGUCAGCUGCCGACCCUGAGGGCUACCUAGCUCAUCCUGUGAAUGCCUAUAAGCUGGUGAAGCGGUUGAACACAGACUGGCCUGCCCUGGGGGACCUGGUCCUGCAGGACUCGGCUGCCGGUUUCGUCGCCAAUCUCUCAGUCCAGCGGCAAUUCUUCCCCACUGAUGAGGAUGAGUCUGGAGCUGCCAGAGCGUUGAUGAGACUUCAGGACACCUACAAACUGGACCCAGACACGAUUUCUAGAGGGGAACUUCCAGGAACCAAGUACCAGGCCAUGCUGAGUGUGGAUGACUGCUUUGGGAUGGGCCGCUCAGCCUACAAUGAAGGAGACUAUUAUCACACGGUGCUGUGGAUGGAGCAGGUGCUGAAGCAGCUAGAUGCUGGGGAGGAGUCUACCAUAACAAAGUCCCUGGUGCUGGACUACCUGAGCUAUGCUGUCUUCCAGCUGGGUGACCUGCACCGUGCUGUGGAGCUCACCCGCCGUCUGCUGUCUCUGGACCCAAGCCAUGAACGUGCUGGAGGGAAUCUGCGGUACUUUGAGCGGCUGUUGGAGGAAGAAAGAGAAAAAGCGUUGUUCAAUCAGACAGAAGCUGGACUAGCGACCCAGGAAAACUUGUACGAGAGGCCUGUGGACUACCUCCCCGAGAGGGACGUGUAUGAGAGCCUGUGUCGUGGGGAGGGCAUCAAACUGACGCCCCAGAGGCAGAAGAAACUCUUCUGUAGGUACCAUCAUGGUAACCGGGUGCCACAGCUCCUCAUCGCCCCCUUCAAAGAGGAAGAUGAGUGGGAUAGCCCGCACAUUGUCAGAUACUAUGAUGUGAUGUCGGAUGAAGAAAUCGAGAGGAUCAAGGAAAUUGCGAAGCCCAAACUCGCACGAGCCACUGUUCGUGAUCCCAAGACAGGCGUCCUCACUGUUGCCAGCUACAGAGUUUCCAAAAGCUCCUGGCUAGAGGAGGAGGAUGACCCUGUUGUGGCCCGAGUCAACCGCCGGAUGCAGCAUAUCACAGGGUUGACAGUGAAGACCGCAGAACUAUUGCAGGUCGCGAACUAUGGAAUGGGAGGACAGUAUGAACCCCACUUUGACUUCUCUAGGCGACCCUUUGACAGCGGCCUCAAAACGGAGGGAAAUAGGUUAGCGACGUUUCUUAACUAUAGCGAUGAGCAAGAUGCUUUCAAGCGUUUAGGGACUGGGAAUCGUGUGGCCACGUUUCUAAACUACAUGAGUGAUGUAGAAGCUGGGGGUGCCACUGUCUUCCCUGACCUGGGAGCUGCAAUUUGGCCCAAGAAGGGCACAGCUGUAUUCUGGUACAACCUUCUGCGGAGUGGGGAAGGGGAUUAUCGAACGAGACAUGCGGCCUGCCCUGUGCUUGUGGGCUGCAAGUGGGUCUCCAAUAAGUGGUUCCAUGAACGAGGACAAGAGUUCUUGAGGCCUUGUGGGACAACAGAAGUCGAUUGACGUCCUUCGCUCUGCCCCUUCCUGGCCCCACAGCCAAGUCAUCAAGUUCAGCGUGACCGAUUCCUUUGUGUGUUCCAGCUCCUGUCAGGCAGGUUGUUGGAGGAGCCAGUGUUUGUCUGAAUUUGAGAGAGUGUGUCCUGGGCCGAGUCCUGGGUGACCUGGGCCCCAGACUCUGGCCAGCCUAUGCUUCCUCUGGCUCCAAGGGUAGCAUUGGUGUGGCUGCUGCAGAACCAGACUGUGUAGCACCUUGGUCGGUGCCUUCGUACCUCAGAUGUUUCAGGUGGGAGAUGUUUUAGUGAAACCAAAGUUCUGAUGCUGUGUUUACAGGUUUGUUUUUAUGACAUUUCUAUUUGUUGUGGCUUUAACCAAAAAAUAAAAUCUCCCUGCCAGAAGCCUUAAA